CAGAGGCAGACACUGGACGCUGGGCUUGUCGGGACGAGCGACGGCAGGCUGGCUGGCUGGGCGGAAGCCACCCAGGGUGAGCUCCAGCGCCUGCUGCUGGCUCUGCCUGCCUGUUCUGCUGCGCCCUGGAGAGAAUUGGAAGCAUCCAGGCAGUCCCAACUUUGAGUGACAGAUGGCUUACUAGACUGCUGUAGCUAAACUGAGCAGGCAGAUGCAGCCCGAAUUGCCAAGUUGAGAGAGAGCCUGUGCAUACUGUAUGUAUGUGAAUAUACAGAAACACAGUUCUACCAUCACACAGACUGACAGUUGCAUACUUUAGAGGGGUUUUUUUGGCAAUUGAUGGGAAUUUAAUUCAAGCACCAGAUGGAGCAACCUGACAGCACAAGGACCAAAAGCCCAUGGAAUACCAUCUGUUACUUGUGGUCAGCUUUCCAUACAGUCUGAGACAGGUGAAGAAACUUUGCAAGACAUGUAAGAAGGAAAACAGCUUCUGCACAGAACAAACUACACAAAUACCUCUGAAAUUAUAGCUGAAACAAAACUGAUAGAGAGGAGACUGAUAUUGUAAUCUUCAAAGAGGAAUAAUGUACAAGUCUUGGGUGUUUCUCUGCAUUAAACUGAAAAAUUCCGUUAAAUUGUGAAUAAGCUUGCCCAUUAAAUAGGGACAAACUAAUUGUGUAGUAAUGACUGGAAGAAAGUGGUUCAGGAGCAAUGGAACAGAUCUGAGAGCUGAAUUUUUACAAAUGUUGUCCUGUGUUGAGUUUUUCAACUGAAUUUGCUAAUUUUCUUCUUUUGGAUUGUUUCAUAUAACAUGGUACAAAUACUAGUCAUUUGAAAUAAUAAAUAUUACUCAAAGCAUUUGAAACACUUAAAAAGAAAUUGCCAGAGUGGUGGUUCAAAUUAUGAAUUUGUGCUCUCAAGAAGCACCAGUAACGAAGGAGCAUACAAAACAGCAAGGGAGACACCAAAGGAAAUGAUUGAAGAAUGGGGAAGUUGGAUUUUCUGUGCAGUUCUCCUGUAAAUUUUUAAUUGGCUCUUUUUCAUUCUUUCUUGAAUCCAACAAGAUCAGCAAAUAAUUGCUUAUUUGAUGGGUUUUUAGGUCUGGUACUUGUUUUUACAAGAGGAUGAAAAGGGAGUUCUGCAAUUCUCUUACAGUGGAAAGAAGGGAAAAAUCAAAGGCGUGAAACAGCUGAAUGUUUUGGAGGAGGCUUCAUGGUUCACCUCAGGUGAAUAUACCUGUUUCAAAGGCUUAAAAGCUUCUAAGCAAUUUUUUUUUAAUACUGCUAAAUGAAAAGGGGCUUUUGUGUUCAUGAGUGGCAGCGAGUGGUGAGGAAGCAGCCAGGUGAUAAACAGAGUUUCCAAUGGACGUGGUGGGGAAGCCACCAGGUGCAAAGGAACUGGGACUACCUUUGGAUUGCAAAGACCUUUGGGUUGAACAGUAAGCUGUGGAGUUUGGAGACAGUUUUCUCAUCUGCUCUGGCAUAUUAACUGCACAAAGCUCUGGUCUGUGGUCUCGCACAGUCUGUGUGCCUUUUUCCCUUUAUGCAAUCUAUUUCAGCUUUAGCAGCAGAAAUUUGUCUGGUAGGGAAGGUAUGCCAGAGGGCAGCUUUGGGGAAGAUGAAUGAAUGUCCUAUAUGUGUAUGUGUGAAAAUCCAACUGGAGGAAAUCUUUUUAAAGCCUUAAGUUACUUGAAACCUACACAUCUGCAAACCUUCGUCUCUGGAAUUGCGUAAUGCUAUACUGGAAAUCUCAGGCUGUUUGGCGACUAUAUCAAAUGAGCAAAAAGGCGGCUCGCCGUUUCUUUGAAAGCCUCUUCUGAAGUAGCUGUUUCUCCAAAGGAUAAGUGUACCCUCAUUCUAAUGACACUCAGUCAAAAUGAACCUGAUUUGUUUUGGUUUUUUUUAAUUAUUACAUUUUCUUAGCCAACUGUCAUCAUCUUUUAUAGAGAAAUUUUUCACUAUGCAUUUGGUGGAUAUUUAUAGAAACUGACCUUCUCUCCCCUUCCUCGUAUUCUGAUCUGUCUAAACUUUUGGUCUUAUCAAUAAAACAAAACACUGAUUUAUAUUUUCUGCACUAGACAUAGUACUUUUUAUGUCAAAAGGGAAAAACACGGCAAAGCAUGUAUGCAGCAGUGGAGCAUGGGCCUGUUCUCUGCAGUGAUUCCAACAUCCUCUGCCUCUCUUGGAAAGGCAGGGUUCCUAAAAGUGAAAAGGAGAAACCUGUGUGUCGAAGGCGAUAUUAUGAGGAAGGCUGGCUGGCAACUGGCAAUGGCAGGGGAGUUGUAGGGGUUACCUUCACCGCCAGCCACUGUAGAAGAGACAGGAACACCCCCCAGAGAAUCAACUUUAAUUUAAGGGGUCACAACAGUGAGGUCGUGCUUGUAAGAUGGAACGAACCAUUCCAGAAGCUGGCGACCUGUGAUGCAGAUGGUGGGAUAUUUGUUUGGAUUCAGUAUGAAGGGAGGUGGUCAGUGGAGCUUGUGAAUGAUCGUGGUGCACAGGUGAGCGACUUCACAUGGAGCCAUGAUGGAACUCAAGCACUUAUCUCCUAUAGAGAUGGAUUUGUGCUAGUUGGAUCAGUCAGUGGACAGAGACACUGGUCUUCAGAAAUUAACUUGGAAAGUCAGAUCACCUGUGGCAUAUGGACUCCAGAUGAUCAACAGGUCCUGUUUGGCACUGCUGAUGGCCAGGUUAUUGUCAUGGAUUGCCAUGGCCGAAUGCUGGCACACGUUCUUCUUCAUGAAUCCGAUGGCAUCCUUAGCAUGUCUUGGAACUACCCAAGCUUCUUGGUGGAAGACAGCAGUGAAAGUGACACCGAUUCAGAUGAUUAUUCUCCACCCCAAGAUGGCCCGGCUGCAUAUCCAGUCCUGGUGCAGAACACCAAACCGCUACUCACUGUCAGCUUCACGUCAGGGGAUAUUAGCUUAAUGAACAACUACGAUGAUUUGUCUCCUACCAUCAUCCGCUCAGGGUUGAAAGAUGUAGUUGCCCAGUGGUGUACACAAGGAGACUUACUGGCUGUAGCAGGCAUGGAAAAACUAAGCCAACUAGCUGAACUUAGCAGUGCUUCCUUUCUGAAAAGUGCACUGGUCAAGUUCUACAAUGUUCAUGGAGAACACAUCUAUACCCUGGAGACACCUGUGCAGCGUCCCAUAAUCUCAAUCUGCUGGGGCCACAGGGAUUCUCGACUGCUCAUGGCUUCUGGCCCUGCGUUAUAUGUUGUUAGAGUGGAGCAUAGAGUUUCCAGCUUACAGCUCUUGUGCCAGCAAACCAUUGCUAGCUCCUUGCGGGAUGACAAAGAUAUAAGCAAACUGACCUUGCCUCCCCGACUUGGCUCAUACCUCACCACUGCCUUUAUGCCAACGAUCAAGCCUCCUAUUCCAGACCCCAAUAACAUGAGAGAUUUUGUUAGCUACCCAACAUCCGGUAAUGAAAGGCUUCAUUGCACAAUGAAGAGGACAGAAGAUGAUCCAGAAGUUGGAGGGCCUUGCUAUACGCUGUAUUUGGAAUACUUGGGGGGUUUGGUGCCUAUUUUGAAAGGACGUCGAAUUAGCAAACUGCGACCUGAGUUUGUCAUCAUGGAUCCUAAGACAGAUGGAAAAGCAGAUGAAAUCUAUGGAAAUAGUUUGAUUUCCACCGUGAUUGACAGCUGCAACUGCUCUGAUUCCAGUGAUAUCGAACUGAGUGAUGACUGGGCUGCGAAAAAGUCUCCCAAAAUCACUAGAGCUAGCAAAUCACCCAAACUUCCCAGAAUUAAUAUAGAAGCUCGCAAAUCUCCAAAGUUGUCACGAGCUGCUCAGGAGAUAUCGAGAUCUCCCAGGUUACCAAUAAGGAAGCCUUCCAUAGGUUCACCAAGUUUAACUCGUAGAGAGUUUCCUUUGGAGGAUAUCACUCAGCACAACUACCUUGCUCAGGUCACAUCAAAUAUCUGGGGAACCAAAUUUAAAAUUGUGGGCUUGGCUGCUUUCCUGCCAACAAAUCUUGGUGCAGUUAUCUAUAAAACCAGCUUGCUGCAUCUCCAACCCAGGCAGAUGACCAUAUAUCUUCCAGAAGUACGGAAGAUUUCUAUGGACUAUAUAAAUUUGCCUGUCUUCAACCCCAAUGUUUUUAGUGAAGAUGAAGAUGAUUUACCAGUGACUGGAGCAUCGGGAGUUCCUGAGAACAACCCCCCUUGCACCGUAAACAUCCCAAUCGCUCCUAUUCACAGUUCUGCACAAGCAAUGUCACCAACUCAGAGCAUAGGGUUAGUUCAGUCUUUGUUGGCCAAUCAGAAUGUGCAGUUGGAUGUCCUUGCCAAUCAGACAACAGCGGUGGCAGCAGCAGAACAUGUGACAGAUAAUGCAGUCCAUUAUCCAAUUCCAAGCAGAUAUUCCAACCCAGGACAAGUCAUCUUUGGAGGAGUAGAAAUGGGGCGUAUCAUUCAGGCACCCCCACAGUUAUCCAUGCCACCUCAGGGUGCAAUCCAGAUGGCAAUAGUGGACCACAGAGAUGGGGACAGAGAACACGAACAUCUCCAAAAACCAAAAACAUUGCGUCCAGUUCCACAGGUAUCUGAAGGAGAAGCAGCUAUCUUCAGCACUGCUCAAGAAAUUCAGAUGAACAAAAUGAACCCACCGCCUCCGUACCCUGGAACCAUACCAGCAGCUCCGACCACAGCACCUCCACCUCCUCCUAUACCCCCACAGCCUCCUAUAGACCUCUGUUUGAAAAAGGGAGAUUUCCCCCUUUAUUCAGCAGGGCAUUAUCAACCCCCCCUUGGCUAUGAGAGAAUAACCACUUUUGAUAGCAGCGGAAAUGUUGAGGAGGUAUGUCGGCCUCGGACACGAAUAAUGUGUGCCCAGAACUCAUAUACUCUGCAAGGCCCUGGUAGUUCUGCCACUUUAAGGAUAACUUCAUCAGAGAAGAAGAUUCAGCAGCCUUGUACCAGUGCUACGCUGAACAGACUCACAGUUCCACGCUACUCCAUCCCAACAGGGGACCCACCACCUUAUCCGGAAAUUGCAGCCCAGCUAUCUCAAGGCCGUGGCAUCACACAGAGGCUGGACAACAGCAUCAUCCAUGCUACUCUGCGGAGGAACAGCAGAGAGGCAGCGCUGAAGAUGGCUCAACUGGUUGACAGCCAAAGAGCCACUCUGCAGCUCCCACCCAAACUGAAGAGCAAUGUUGUAGUGGCCCAGUACCAACAGCGGGUGCCAACGGCACUAUACACCUGCAGUCAGUGCAGCAACAACAGCAAUGGUGGUGGUAGCAGCAGCAACACAAAUAGUGGAGGUGGGAAUAUCAGCAGUGCCAACACUAACAGCAGUGCCUCCACCAUCAGCAGCAUGAGGCCAGACAUAACAACAGGGAACAGCACUCAACAUAGCUCUGUCAUCGCACACUCAGUCAGUACUUCUCCUUUGGCCUCCCAGUCCUCUUACAGUUUGCUGAGCCCACCUGAUAACUCCCGUGAACGGACAGAUUAUGUAAACUCUGCCUUCAUGGAGGAUGAGACUCUUUCUCAGCACUGCCCUGUGGAGAAAUCAAUCCGUCACAUCCCUAUAGCCAUGGCAGAGCCUGGCAUUGGUGUAAAAAGACCACCCCCCUACCAAUGGGAACCUAUGAUGACUGAGGAAAUAUGGGUUCCUCAGGAAAGGACAGCUCAGAGUACUUUGCCGAACCCUGUCAAACCACCUGCCCCUCUAGUCAUUGGCCAAGCUCAGCACCUAGAUAUAUCCCGAGUUCCAUUUGUUUCACCCAAAUCUCCAACCAGUCCCACUGCCACUUUCCAAAUGAAUUAUGGAGUUGGAGCAUCUUAUGUGGGGAGUUACAGUGUUCCUCCUCCACCCCUUCCUCUCCAUGGAAUGCAGGUCCCCUGUUCCCCCAAAGAAGGUUUGUCCCCUGCCCAGAUUGCACAACAGGAGCCGACAGUUGUGCUUCAGCCAGGCUAUCCUUCUAAUCUCUCUUAUUGUCCCUUGCCCCCCAUGUACCCUGGAAAUAGCACUUGCUCGAGUUUACAGCUGCCACCGAUGGCCUUGCACCCAUGGAAUUCAUACAGCACAUGCCCACCGGCUGCACAGAGUACCCAAGGUACUCUGCCCCCCAAGUCACUACUGGUUGUGGAGAAACCUGUAAUGUCCCCACCACCCACAGAGACUCAAGGUCAUGUGGGUACAGAUGUAAUGGUGGAGACUACAGAUAACUUCCAGGAAGUACUUUCCCUGACAGAAAGCCCCAUUCCUCAGCGGACAGACAAAUUUGGGAAGAAGAAUCGAAAGCGCUUAGAUAGCCGAGCAGAUGAAGGAAACAUGCAGGCUAUCACGGAAGGUAAAGUCAAAAAGGAGACAAGGACAACACUGACUGACUUCAACACGCUGAUAUCAAGCCCUAGACUGGGCAGGGAGAAGAAGAAAGUCAAAAGUCAGAAGGACCAACUGAAAUCAAAAAAAUUGAACAAGAUGAAUGAGUUUCAGGAUAGCUCAGAGAGUGAGCCUGAGCUAUUUAUUAGUGGGGAUGAACUAAUGAACCAGAGCCAGGGCAGUAAAAAAGGGUGGAAAAACAAAAGGAAUCUGAGGACAGCCAGUGAAAUGGAUGAAUUUAAGUGCCGGAAAGCAAAUGAAAAGGAGGAUGGGCGGCUAGGAAAUCAGGGCUUUGUGUAUGUGAUGGCCAAUAAGCAGCCCUUGUGGAAUGAGGCAACUCAAGUCUAUCAGUUGGACUUUGGAGGGCGAGUGACCCAAGAAUCUGCCAAAAACUUCCAGAUUGAGCUGGAAGGAAGACAGGUCAUGCAAUUUGGGAGGAUUGACGGCAAUGCUUACAUUUUGGACUUUCAAUAUCCCUUUUCAGCGGUGCAGGCCUUUGCGGUAGCUCUGGCUAAUGUGACUCAGCGCCUGAAAUGAAAACAGUGGACAGAGAGAGGAAGAAACAGAGAGGAAGAAACUAAAAAUCCUUCUCUUAAGGGCCAACCCAGGAAGUGUCAGGGAGGCCUCUUAGAAAUUUGCAAAGGAUUCUAGGAGUGAAGAAGGAACUGCAGCUAGAACAGUCUCCACGUGUCCGAAGGAGGGCAUCAACUUUAAACAUUAUUGGGGGUGGGAUAGGGUCUCUUUGGUUUGGGAUUUCUUUUUGUUGAAUCAACAUUGUGCUGGUUUUUCAGAGCGAGCAAAGGAUGAGAGCUAUUUAGUGUUAUAUGGGAAAUGUGGCUUUGGCUUGUGAUGGUUCUUCUGUGUUUGCUGCAAAAAUAGCUGAUGGGGGAUUUUAAAAGACUGACCUUGUUCUUUCUUUUUCCUUUUAUAUACUGCCUUAUAACAUGCUCUUCUUUUUAAAACAGGGACCUUAAUUUUUUUCCUGGACCACUUUGUACUAUUACAUCAACAAUAGCAGCAAAAAAGAGAGAGAGAGAAAGAGAGAGAGAAUAAAUAUGCUAAAAUAUACUUGAAGACAUACAUUUCUUCUCUGUUAGCACUGUAGGCACCAUGGAGAUUUUUCAGAGGUCCAUACCUAAUUUCUAAAAUAUUGUUCAGAAUGAAAAUUAAAUGAUUACCUUUUGUGUGGUUUGCAAAUAACACUGUGCUGAAGAAGUUAAACACCCCCCCCCCCCAUUGACUAUGAUCUGGGUUAUGUCUGUACCAUACAGAGAAAAUGCUGGAAGAGAAGGGAAUGAUGAGGUGUGCAAAUAUACACUUACUGACUUAAAAUAUUUGUACUGAUUCUAGUACAGAUUUGUGGUGUACAUAGAUGUGACCUGGUAUGGUGCUCUUGCAGGAGGUACAUCUGCUGCUCCUUACUUAAUGAUGUUUACAGUUGUAUCAAUAAAAAUGUACCCUCUAAACAAUGCAAGGUACAUGAGUUCCACCACCCUAAAAUACUAACCGGGAAGGAUGUGGGCAUAAGCUGAACUAUUGCGUAUCUCUGUGUAGUCAAUGGGCCUUAUGCUGCUGGAUUGGGUUUGGGCUCCUGGAUAGAAUUAGAGGCCCCUGCUACUGGGAACAGUUUGCUUGAAGGACUUGUGAAGGCAAACAUUCCAAAGUGUGGUGGAAAUUAUUUGAAACUAUGCUUGCUGCAUAAAGAAGUUGUUUUCAAAGCAGAAAAUGUGCACUGAAAGGACCUCUACCACCCUUAUCAUGUCUUUAUUGUUCUCUGGAAUGAGUCAAAGCUGAAAUUGUCUCAGAGGGCUGAAUAGAGGGAGAAGAGAGGGCAAGAGACAAAUACAGAAGGAAAUGCGGGGAACCAAACAGACUAGAUGUUGCCCAGUUAAAGACACAGGCUGGACCUGGAAAUAGUUAUAACCAAGCGAAGUUAGGGAGGCUCUGUGGGCUGCUGAGAGGGGAGCUGUGCUAGAACCUCUUUGCCAUCCAUCUAUUUUACAACAGAUGACUCUUCACCAUAGGUGCCAAUACUCAUCCCAGAAGAUUCCUGAUCCAACUCCAGCUGAUACCCUGCUGGUUAAGGAAAGGAGAGAAUACAAUUGAAACACUUCCUCUUUCCUAAAAUCAAAAUAUGUCUUUUCUUGGCUAUAAAGGAAAGCGAGCAGUGCUCCAGAAAUUGUAUUGAAAGCCAGAAUUUUACAAAAAAUGUAAUGGUUACUUUAAUUAACUUUAUUCAAUGAGACUCUUUCUAGCUAAUAAACUCUCCAUUAUAUGCCAAAGGCCACAACAGGUAUUUCAAGAGAGAGUCUGUUAACAUACUGUGCUCUGAUAGUUCCCAUUUCUUUUUCAGCUUGAAAUUACUUGGCCAGUAAGUAUGUGCAAAUAAAAAUGUAUUUCUUGAAAGCAAUUUUCACACCAGAUAGCAAAGUUUACCUACAGUGUUCCAUGGCAAAGGAUGAAAUGGAAACAUAAAAAGGUGUAGUAAAGAGAGAGGCACAGAAGCACUGAUAUUCUGCCCCCAACUGUGGAAAUCCAGUUCCUCUUCCUUCCCCCUCCCCAAUACUGCUUUAAGCUUCAGAAGUUCCAUCAGACAUUCUCCUUCCCCUGCCAUAACUUAUCUUUACAAUCUCAAAGAAUGGGAACUUGACUUAAAAACAACAAUAACAAACUGAAGGCUGGGAUUCCCAGAAUGUUGAAUUCUGUACGAUCUUGGUUUUUUUGUUAUAUGCCUAUAAAGGCUGAUUGAAUCGAAAAUCAAAUUAUGUACCCAAUACUAAUGGCAUCCUUGAAUGGCUUGAUAAUGGAAUCACGGUACAGACAUAGCCUUGAACUAUGUAAUGCAUUGAUAAUCCCACUCUACCUGGAGUGUUGCAGCCAUAGUGAACUGCUCCCAGGAUUCUUGGGGAAAGGCAUAAUUGGGGAGGGGGAAAAAACCCAGAAUUUUGGUUUUUCCAAGGCUCACAUAGAACAUGGAGUCUGUCUGGUGCUCUUUGCUUGUAAUGAUGAAUAAAUCCAACUCCUCUUUCCAAACUGUACAGAUCCAUUUAAUAUCUGCUUCCAUUUCCUCUACCCCAUUUGAAUUUCCACCAGUGAUUUACACAAAGGUAGAUGACUGCAACAGCCCAUUGCAAGAAAAAGUUUCGCCUCCUGUGUCUAGUUAUUAGGCUGCUGUUCAAGGCACCAGAGCAGAUCCAGUGGAAAAGAUGGCAAUCCUAGUUCUGCACAGUCUGAUUGUUUUUUGUGUGGUUUCUAAUAGCUCCAUAGGACUCAUAAACAAGUUGGGGGAGGGUUCGAUUGGGUAAUAGUUAUUGCAGUCAAAGGAUUUCAUUUUUAGAAAUGUGUUGAAUUAUUUUUUUAAAGAUAAUUUAAUCCAGAUUUUCUAACAGGAAAUAUUAUUACACUUAGUGGAGUCAAGCUGAAUUCUUUUACAAUGUAGAAAGUCAUUUAAUCAUUAUUAUUUAUUGGGGAGGGGCAUCUUUACUUGCUUGCUGGCAAAGUGUUUUGCUGCAAGAAAUUAUUUAAGAGUCCUUUAUAGGAUUUGAUUUUUCCUCUCCUGACUAGCUGCAGUGUGUUGUGAGAGUGGGAAAAUAUUUUCUUUUUUGCUAGACAAAAAUUAAUCAUUUUGCCAUAUAUAUAUUCAUCAAUCCUCAGGCUCCCUUCUGGUGGAUACUAUGCAGGUCCUUCUGAUUUUAGGUUCUGUGUGCAAAUACUCCUUAUCCCAUCUUCCCCACACCUCUACAGCAUACUGACUGACCUUCCUGUCUCUGGGCAUUUUGCAUGGUUUUCCCCAGGAGUUCUUUCCUUCAUCCCACUCAUCUGAGAAACCUUAAAAGUUUCUACACCAAUGGAAGACUCAAGGCAGAGAUCCUAGCUAAUUGGCCCAAGUACAGGAAUGGAGGAGGAGAAGGAAGAUGAAACAGACAGAUAAGAACAUGGCUGGCUCAGACCAAAGGUUCAACUAGUCCAGCAUUCUGUUUCCCAUAGUGGCCAAGCAGAUUUAUCUGGAAAGCCCACAGGCAAGACAGGAAAGCCACUGUCCUUCCUCAUAAUUCCCCUCUCCCCAGCAACUGAUAUUUAGAGAUAUUCUAGUUAUGAACAUGAAAGGUUCCAUUUAGCAAUUGUGGCUAAUAGCCAUUGAUAGAGAUAUCCCUCAUGAACUUCAGCCCUCUUUGAAGCCAUCUAUACUAGUUGCCAUCACAUCUUGUGGCAAUUAAUUUCAUUUAAAUUAUGAAAUUUGAAGCAAUUUCCCUUGUCUGGCUGUCGGGUGGGGGGUGAUCCUGAAUUCUUAAAAGGUCUCUCUACUCGCUUUGUCCACACCACGCACAAGUUUACAAUAUAUAAUGUGUGUGUGUCCCUUCUGCCAUCUCUCCCCCCCCCCCAAAUCCCCAAACUAUAGUCUUUUCUUAUUGAAAAGGUUCACCACUCUUGAUAAUUUUGGUUGUCCUUUUCUGAACCUAAGCUUACUCUUACGAUAUUCUUUUGAGAUGGGACAACUAGAACUGUACAAUGUACCAAAUCGUAGAUUUAUACAAAAGCAUUAUGGUACUGGCCAUUUCCCCCAGCCUUUUUAAAUAACCCACAGUAUGAAAUUUGCCUUUGUCACCUCUGUUAUACACUGAGUUGAUGUUUUCACUGAACUAUCGAGAGCUCAUGAUUUCUUUCUUGGUUUAUCAUUGCCUGUUUAGACCCAAAAUGCCAUUGAGGUUCAAGAAGACAUCAUAACUCCAGGCAGGAUAAGCAAAGAGGCUGGCAGGCUCUGGAGCUCCCAAACCAAUGCAGGGAGGCAGAACGGAAGAUGUUAGUAUUUGCAAAAGGCAUCAGUGUCUGGGAAUAAGGUAUCACUCAGAAGGAGUGGGAGAGAUUGUAAAAGAUUCCCUGGUCUCGUUAAUAAUGACCACAUUCCUGGAAAACUAGCAACUGAAGGAAUUCAGUAUUAGACCCUCUUCUUUAUUUAGAACAGUGAUUCCUCCUUUACUAUUAAGUAAAGCUGUGGCAAUCUCAUUCUCCAUACAUUUGAUGUAGUGGGCAUGGAUUCUCUUAAACCCUUUUUGUGCAUCUGCUUCAUUGUCUUGUGUAAGCUGGGAGGAAAAGGCUACAACCAGGAAAAAUGCUGAGAAUGGGUAAACUGACCUUCAAAAAAAUUCCUUGAGUGAAGACAGUAGAGUGUAUUCAUUCCUUUGGCUUGUAUAGAAGGGUUUCAUUUUUUAAAAAAAAUCAGUUGGAUGGAACACUCCCCCCACCCCCCUCAACCAAAUGCCUGUCAUGACAUGGUGGUUUCCCAGCUGCAGCUAUAAAAAACUCAGCUUUUGCAGUCAUGGCACAGUCAACCGUGACUGUGCUGUAAUCAGCACUUUUGACCACCAUGUGUGUUUUCUGAGGCUAUACUGACACAGCUAAAGACCAAUUUGAGAAUACUGAUGAAGGCUAAUUAUAUGCAUAUAUAUCCAGUAAGAGAACUUAAGUCAUGAUUUCUCCGUAAUUGGAAGAGAUUUCUUCUAAGCCCAAAGGGGUUAUUCUUGAUAUAUAAUGGAAAAUGGAGCUUGCAAGUAUUUACAUACUGAGAGUUGUAGAUUGUUCAUCCCUUUUAAAAGGUACCUAAUUCUACCACACAUAGUGUUAACCACUAUAGCUGAGUGUAAAGCCCAUCCCCUAAUAAAUACUUUUACAAGGCAAUCUCUUUACAUUAUUUUUAUUUUGUCCUCAUAAAAUUGAAAUGAUUCUUUCCAAGAAGUCCUGUGAAUCCAGAAUCCAGGCCUAAUUGUAAGUAUUUAAUUUGAAGGGAAGUCUCAGAACAUGUAUAGAAAAUAAAGUGUUUUGGUGCUGUGGUUUGUUUUGUUGUAUUUGUGAAAUUAAAGACAAGACCAACUAACCAAGGGGAGAAAUAUGGAGCCAUUAAGGCUAAAUUUCCUAUUAGACUUAAAAUCCUGAAGUCUUGGGAUCUGGCUGUGCCGUACAUUUGAGCAAGGCCAGUUCCUCAUAUGUAUAGAGAAUCUCAUUGGAUUCAAAGGGUUCCCAAAAUGGAUCUCAGUGCCUUUUGGAGACUGUAGGCCAUACAUCACUUAUAUUAAUUACAUUCCAAUAACACUUACUUGGCAGAAAAUCCCAUUGAAUUGGAUGGGACACUAGAUCUACUUUGGAUUGGGCUGCCACUUGCAUUGCUGGGGAAUGAUCUCAGCUGGUUGACUACUACAGCUGGAUAAUUACCAGCCUUUGAGUCUGCAGUGCCUGGAGUAGGUAGAAGACAUUGGAAGGCCAAUAUUAAUGCUAUUUUUUCUCUACUGGUAUCUUGAAGUCUUAUACAGGAAAGGGAGAGAAAAUUCCCCCAAAACUGGGUAAACCUUUGCAAUGUCAGAAUAAUGUGAGCUGUCUCUGAUAUCAAUACACGGACUAGCUGAGCUUUGCUGGCUGCAUAUGGCAGGUUUGCAUUUGGUCUUUAUGACACUUCAGUGUUUUGCAUGUCUGGCCACUUUUUGGGGGUGAUUUUAUUUAUUAGAUAAAAACAAAACCUGAGUUGGCUGCCAGAUGUUUAGUUAAAACAGAGCUACAGCCAAUCACGGCUCCUUGAUUGAUAACACGUUUGCAAACACAAGGUAAUCACAUUCAGUGUUUGGGUCAUAUACCUGAAAACUGUAAUAUGAGAAAAAGGAGCAGAUUGGGAAGUGAAAAUAUCCAGGGAGGAAGCCAAGCUGAAAGGUCCCUGUGGUGCUACAAGCCAGCACUACAGGGGUCAUUCAGCCACUCAAAAUAGUGAGCUCACUCAUUCGUUCCUUCUGAAAACUGACAGCAGUGCAGGAAAACACAAGUGGAAAACUGAUACCAAUUAUAAUUGCUAAUGGUCUAAACCACUCAGUCCCUGAAGUAAUGGCUGGGGCUUGGCUGGCUUUGCUUGCUACUGGCCACCAGUGGCCCUCUAGGGCAGUAGUCCAUCAGGAAAUGUCCCUCUAAGUUAAAUGACCAUUCCCUCUAAGUUACAUGAUGAGUCCACCCUGGUAGAAAGUGACCUUCCCAUACAAGAAAAUAUAUGAGUAGGGAAAAAAUGUUAGAACUGGCCCUUCCACUGUAUUGGCUGAGCAUUUGCUGUUUGUAGCUUGUAUAACUGAGCAUGACAGAGAAACAAUGUGGCUAUAUCCGUUGCCAAUCCUAGAAUUUUUGGACUUGUGCCACUGGAACUGCCCUCCUACCCUUGCCAUGUAAUUUUGGGGUAGGACAGUAGCAGCAACCGGAAGCAGUUCAAAUCCUUUUGUCCAUAGACUCUUUCCACGUAUAAGCAUGCUAGGAUAUGAUCACCAGAGGCCCUGGUCAGAUCUUUUAAGUUUAAAAAGGAAAUGUUUAAACAGUUUCAUAGGAAAAUAAUUUUCAUUGGGAAAAUUGGGUUAUUAAAAUAGAGAUACUUCUAAAUUAUGGUCCAUAUUCUGAGUCUUAUAAAAAUUUUGUUAUGUUUUACCAAUAUCAAAUCUGGAGACAUGGCAGACAUAACAUUUGAUUUGGACAUAAGAUUUUUUUAAUCCAGUACCUAAAAGCUAAAAACGUCCCCACAUGGAGGCAUUUUGGAGAGUUAGGAAAGUCUUUGCUUGUUGAAUGUUUGCUUUGUCUUGUAAAUGGUUAUCCUGAAGCCUUGAAGUAACGUGUUAAGAAGAAAUGAAUAAAACUGCAAGAUGUAUUGGAAGGUUCUUGUGUCCCCAGUGUUUUGUAAAAAUAGUGCUCACUGAGCUUGUCAUAACUCCCAUCACUCAUCAAGUUCUCUUCCAGACCCGUGAAUUGUCUCCCCCCCCCCCCCUCCACACACACACCUUUGUCCUCACUUGGCCUUUGAUUCUAUUUUUUCUUUUCAGUCUGUUUUUCUUUUCUGUUCCUUAGUAGGGGAGGAUUUUAAGAUCUCGAUGUAUUGUAGAUACAGAUGUUUGGGGUGGGAGGGUAUUGUGAAAUUGCAUGGAUUGAAAAGCACUACACAGUGGGAAAGGGUUGAUUUUUCUUUUGCAUUUGUUUAUAAAUGCAUUAUUUGGUUCUUUGACUUUGGACAUCCUUUCCAAAUCAAUUCCUUGUUUCUUUGUUUACAUAGGAUUGGAUCUCAUAUAAGGGAAGAGCAUUUUUGCUCAUGCAAAAUACUUGUGGGGGGCAGGAGAAUUUCCACCAAUUCCCUUUUCUACUCUGCCUUUGCUGUCAUAUCCCAUGGCAUUUCUGAUGAUUCCCAAUCCCCAGAAACAUCUUUGGAGAGCUCAAAGGGGCUGUGAAAUUAAAGGGAAAGUUGCAGAAAUCUGUUCUACUGGUGGAGUUAUAUUCACAACUCUAUGGAUCCAAUCCACUUUUUUGUUAUUUGAAGGAUUUUUGUUUGGAUUUUUUCCUUUUUGGAAUUUUAAGAAAAUUAUGUAGUCAGGUGCAUGGAAUUCCUAACCAUGCCAUACCUGCAUGAUCUCAGUUGUGUGGAGAAAAUUAUACAAUUACCUAAUGACUGCUCUCUACCUACAGGAUGUUCAAAUGGCCUUUUGAAAGUCAUGGAUUAUUUUUUUCAUAUGACAUUCAGACCUGGGUUUUCAUUGUAAUGAUGAACCUUGUCCUGACCUUCCUCUCCUAUUAUGUGCCCUGUGUAAUAGAUUGUGCAGAAGGUACCUAGAAAGCAUUAAAUGGUUUCCCUUUAAUAAUGUGAUUUGUCCACACUUUUGACUGUCUAUAUGAUUGAGACCAGUCAGUUGCCCUAUUUUCCUUGAUGAUUUGGAAUUGUAAGAGUUGUCCAAGUGUUGCUUAUUAAAUUUUUUGUAAACUAGA